AUGGCGAAUACACAGACGUACGGCUACAUCAUCGCAGGUGGCGGAACGGCAGGAUGUGUUAUUGCGUCUCGUCUCAAGCGAGCACGACCAGAACUCUCGAUAGCAAUCAUCGAGCGUGGUCCAGAUGAGCGCAACCACCCUCUCGUAUUGAACCCGCUUGGAGUCUCGCAGCUCAGAGAUAUUGGUCUCGAUUCGAUAUACCCAACAGAGCCGCAGUCAUACCUGAACGAUCGUCGCAUCGAGCUCCAUGCCGGCAACAUUCUCUCUGGCUCGAGCGCAGUCAACUACGGCGUCUGGAUGCGUGGCGACCGCAAGGACUAUGACCACUGGGCAGAUCUGAUCGGCGACCCACAAUGGGGAUAUGAAGGGCUGUUUCCGUACUUCAAGCGGUGCGAGUCGCAUUACGAUCCGGAGGGCGACAGGUCGCAGCAUGGCUUUAAUGGGCCUCUAAAGAGCUUUGCAGGCCGGGAGUAUCCAUUGCGCGGCCAAUUCCUCGAUGGAUUUAAGCAUCUCGGCAUGCAUGAGAUCAAAGAUGCAAAUGCUGGGUCCCCGCUCGGGAUAAGUCCAUAUACAGAGAACUGGUCACCCAAGCGACAGCCUUCAGGUCUGGCUUAUGACUUGAGCGGUGUCGAUGUUGUUACAGGUGCAACGAUCAAACGAGUGUUGCUGGAAAAGCGAGCUGGGCGAAGUCCCGUGGCCACAGGCGUUGAGCUGGAGGAUGGACGGCAGAUCAAGGCGAGCAGAGAAGUCGUUCUCAGCUGUGGUACAUUUCGCACUCCGCAAGUGCUGAUGCUAUCUGGUAUUGGGUCCCCGGCAGAUUUGAAUAAGGUGGGUAUCCAGAGCAUAGUGGAGGUUCCAGACGUUGGCAAGAAUCUAUGGGAUCAUCUUUGCUGCUUCCUCUGUUGGAAGCUCGAUCCUAUUGCUGCCCAAGAAGGCCUGGCUGUUGGGAAUUCAAAGUUCAUGUCGAACUCGAAGUAUCUGGAGGGCUUAGCGUGCGACUGGAUGGUCAUCGACAAGCUUCCAGGUAAAGAGCUCCAAGAGGCUCUACAAAAAGACACCACGGGCACAGAGGAAAUGGACCAGCACCACCUUCUAGUUGACCGUGCUCACUACUGGCUGACCUCAUUGUAUAUGCCAAUUUCGCUUGGCGAAGGUUACGACGUCGGUAUGGAUGGAGAGCAUAUCUCGAUUGGUGUAUUGAACUUCCAGCCGACCUCCCGCGGAACAGUAACAUUGCGCUCUACCAAUCCGAACGAUCUGCCAUUGAUUGAUCCGUGCUACGCCUCCACGCAUCACGAUCGAUGCGUGAUGAGGGCGGCCACACGCAAGAUGCUGUCUCUGGCGCAGGCUCCCAGCCUGAAGCCAAUCAUCGUCGGCGAGCGACCACCUGUGGGGGGCAGGGCAAUCAGUGCAGCGUCGAGCGAAGAGGACAUCAAUGCACGUAUUGAUGCAUGUGCCACGACGCUCAACCAUGGUGCAGGUACAGCUGCCAUGGGCAGAGUGGUGGACUCCGAGCUACGCGUGAAAGGUGUUGAAGGUCUGCGCGUGUGCGAUGCUAGCGUACUGCCUGCUCCAGUGGCAGCAACCAUCCAGGCAACAGUGUAUGCGGUAGCAGAAAAGCUUGCAGACAUGAUCUUGUCAGGUCCAUGA